AUGGUAAAAGAGGACCUGAGGACACUCGGCGUGGACAGGCUGUUCAGGCGAGACGUAAGGUUUCGCAGAACAUGGAAUAGCAACGAAUGGAUUGAUUCUGUGCAAGCUCUCGCAGAAGAUCGAGAAGGUUGGGCAGAGCUGUGUUUGAGGACGGCACACCCCGGCGAAGAUGCGGAGAUCUGUGCGGGUUUGAUCUACGGGCGGGCCGACAGAUCCCUGAUAAAAAAAAUCGUUGUGAUUCAUAAUUGUGGUGCAUGGUGGUCUGUUGCGUUAGCAAAUCCAGCACAUGAGGCUCUGACGAACGCCGAAGCGUUAGCUGUUAGUUAA